UGUUUUUUUUUUUAAGUUACGGAUAGUUUAUAUUCUUGUUAAGUUAACUGAAACAGCUUUGGGAUCUGUGUCUGUAGGUCGUUGGUAGAGAAACGGUAAUGUAUAAAAAUAUUCUGGUGUUCGUCAGUGUUCACUUUAUUUCUUUAUUAUAGGGCACACCAAUUUAAAUCAGAAAUACUGGCUGCAACGAUAAGAAGUGCCUGGACUAUGUGUUACUUUAUUGCUUGUAACAGGGAACACAUGACCGCAGUACUGUGUUCGCAAUAUUACGGGAGCAGCGUAGUUUGAUAUCUGCGCGUUGCAGCCCUAACGUUAGAAACAUUACUGUAAAGUAUGUGAAUUGGGCAUCCAUAUUGUUGGAGAUUAAUUGAAGAUUGUGAUAGCUUGAGCCAGCAUCCAUGGAAAAUGAGCUUAGUUCUUCACAAUCUCCAGAAAGUUGUACCACUUCGGAGAGCUCAGCUGAGGAAAAAUAUUGCAGUACUUCAGAAUGUGAUGGGCGUACAGCACUUUGAUCUAGCAGUCAUUUGUGUUGAUAAUCAGAAGAUACAGAAAAUUAAUAAAAUGUACAGACAAAAGGAUGCGCCAGCUGAUGUGCUGUCUUUCCCUUUCUAUGAGGAAUUAAAAGCUGGAGAGUUGCCUCAGCUUCUUUCCUCUGAUGAACGUACUCUCGGAGACAUAUUCCUGGGUGUAGAAUAUAUCUAUGAAGAUUGUCAGAAGUACAAAGAAGAUUUUUACAAUGUUCUUACGGUUACCACAGCUCAUGGUCUUUGUCACUUAUUGGGAUAUAGACAUAGCACAAAAACAGAAUGGGAGCAGAUGUUUUUGAGAGAAAGCCAGAUUCUGGAGGAAUUCAACAAGAUAACUGGUGGAAAUCUCCAGCCACUAACCAAGAACUUGUUCUGACAUGCAGAGUAUGUGUUACACACCGAUCUGUGUUCCCAGCGAUAAAAUUCUAAGCACACACAAUUUGCAGCAACUGUAUUUAAUCAGAAAGUGAGAAAAAGUUGGAUAUAAGCUGUGUAAUUACUGCAGCUGAAUAAUUUAUGUGAUGAAGCAGCAUGAAAUUAGAUGUCUGUCACAUGCAUGUAAAUGUAUAGAGGACGAAAUUUUGAUGUUUUUGAAUACUAGUAAAUGUUUAUGGUUCUAAA